ACCACCACACAACCACCACACAACCACCACACAACCACCACAACCACAAACCAAACCACCAAAACGCGACAUCACGAUGCUCGCCCUCCAACUUACCGCCGAGCUCACGGGGGUGACUGACCUCCGCCCCAUGGACGUCGACGGCGACCCGUUCUACUACAUGUUCAAGGUGUCAUGUACGAGUUGCCGCGAGGUGCACGACAACUGGAUUGGCGUUACGCGCUUCGAGACUAGGGAGAUCACGGGCAGUCGCGGUGAGGCGAAUUUCGUCUGGAGGUGUAAGACCUGUAAGAGGGAGUCUUCGGCGAUGAUCAAAUCCGAGCCCAAGCCGUACCAACACAGCGAGGUGCCCAAGCCCAAGAAGAUCCUAGAGCUCGAGUGCCGCGGCUGUGAGUUCGUCGAGUUCAAGCCGGAGGGGAACUGGGAGGCCAAGGGGCUCGACAGCAACACGCCGUUCAAGGAGAUCGAUCUCAACGAGGGAGACUGGUUUGAUUACGACGAGAAGGCCGGCGCUGAGGUUUCGGUCAAGGAUAUGAAGUGGGAGGUCGUCAGGGGUUAGAGUACUCUACUUGUGUAGGUAGGUAGGGAGGUAGCUUUGUGUAGGCCGGGACACGAUACAUACUCUACAUGCUCUAUGACAUAGAUACCUACGAUACGAUAUCUACUCCACGAGAAAAUUAUAUUCCUUUUCCGAACGAGUCGAGAGUGCAGAGGCGGGCAA